AUGUAUAAUCAAGAAGAAAAAGAGGAGAUAUUUUCUCUUGCAAUCCAAAAAAAAGUUUUGAAUAAAAGACCAACAAACAAUCCAUCAUCAUCCGAAGCAGCAUCUGAAUCAACCUCAAUUAAUUGA